AUGGAUGUAAAGAGUGCUUUCCUAAAUGGUUACAUAAAGGAAGAGGUAUUUGUUGAACAACCCCUCGGCUUCCAGGAUUUUGACUUUCCUGACCAUGUGUUCAAGUUAAAAAAGGCUUUGUAUGGACUAAAGCAGGCACCUAGAUCAUGGUAUGAACGGUUGAGAUUACAAGUGAAGCAAGAUGACAGUGGCAUCUUUAUACACCAAUCCAAGUAUGGCACAGAUCUGCUAAAGAAAUAUAAGAUGUUGGAAUGCAAAGAAGCUGCCACACCGAUGGCAACAAACUAUUAUCUUGGUCUGGACGAGAAAGGAAAUUUCGUAGAUCAAAAGCUCUAUAGAGGUAUGAUCAGAUCCUUGUUAUAUCUUACUACUAGUAGACCAGACAUUAUGCAUAGUGUUUGUCUUUGUGCUAGAUUUCAAUCAAAACCAAAGGAAUCACAUCUUACUGCUGUGAAAAGGAUUUUGAAAUAUCUAAAGGGAACCAAAAGUCUUGGACUAUGGUAUCCUAGUGGAUUAAACAUUUUUCUAGAAGGUUACAGUGAUUCAGACUUUGGUGGUUGCAAACUAGACAGGAAAAGCAUUAGUGGCACAUGUCAUCUUCUAGGUUAA